AUGGAGUCGGUUCGACAAGAUAUCCCAGACUAUGAUGUCGUCCCUGGCACCGUUUACCUGGUGCAAGGUGCACAUCAGAGUGGUUUCUCCUCGAAGGAUAUUAUCUUGAUGCCUACACCAUCAAACGAUCCCCGAGAUCCUCUUCGCUGGUCGAAGUGGCGCAAGGCGUAUCACCUGUUUCUUCUCGUGUAUGUGGCAUGGAUCCGACAGAGCAGGCUGGCGAUGCAUUGGUCUAACACCCGAUUAGGUNUCUACAGCGCGGCUCUCGGAGCCAUCACCAAUGGCGACUCUGUGGUCUACCUCAACCUUUUACGGAUGUAUCGUACUGGUAUCAACGAGCUGAACUACGCUGGAGCUGUGAUGUUGUUGCUGCUUGGUGUGGGCAACGUCUUUNUCGUACCAUUGAGCAACAGUAAGAUCAGGCCAUAUCUGAACAAGAGCCGAACUCUGACUCCCAUACAGNAAUUCGGUCGACGAUCAGUAUAUCUCUGGACGCUUGUCUUGGUCCUUGUGUCCGAGAUCUGGAUGUCUGUUUCGAAGCAGUACGGCGAGUACUGGGCCGUUGAAAUUCUUCGAAACAUGCUGAUUGUAUGCUCGAUUUCAACANGAGGUCUAGGGUCCGCACCAUUCGAAGCAUUGCCGGCCAUCUCCAUCUCAGACAUCUACUUCGCUCACGAACGCGGCGGCAAGCUCGGAGCCUAUGUGUUCGGCCUUGCCUUCGGAAGCUUUGUUGGUCCAGUCUGUGGUGGCUACAUGGUUACCGGACAAAGUGUUCGAUGGAUGUAUUAUUGGGGCGUGAUCGUCCUUGCCAUCUUGCUUGUACUGUUCUUCUUCACGCUUGAAGAGACACACUUCAUCCGACCUCUCGACUCGCAUGACGAAGCUUUGGUCAGCACUACCGACAUGCCCGAGCUCGACAAAAAGUUGACGAAACAGUCCAUGGUCAAAGAGCCAGACAGUCAGAGCGCACACCAACACUCAGAGGCCAUCGUUGGCGAGGUCUUUGAUGCGGAAGGAUUCAAGAUCCAAUACAGUUUGUGGAAAACAUACCCGACUACAUGGUCUGCCGUUCUCACUGAGUGGUGGAUGCCACUCAAGUGUCUCACUCUUCCAGCAGUCGUCUGGGUAAGUCCCUCGUCGGUAUGCACAAGGAUGUUACUAACCUCUGGCAGUNGUGGCAUCAACUAUGGUACUUGCGUCAGCUGGCUUGCGGUUAUGGGAACAACCGUUGCGCUGAUCUUCGCGCCACCCCCAUAUCUCUUCUCCAACAGUGCCAUAGGACUGGUCUGGUUCGCACCGCUGAUUGGAUCUCUCAUUGGCGCCUACUUCUCUGGUCCUUUGAAUGAUCGUCUUACAGUGUACCUCAGCAACCGUAAUCGAGGCUGGAGAGAACCAGAGUAUCGUCUUUGGGCAUUCAUUCCUAGCGCCUUCAUCAUGCCAGGAGGCCUGAUCAUAUAUGGCGCCACUGCUGCUCACGGCCUGCACUGGAUUGCACCUGUCAUGGGCAUGGGACUCGUUGGAUUCGGCCUGAGUGUUGGCGGCACGGUAACCAUGAGUUACAUCCUCGACUCAUACAAAGAGAUCGAUACACAAGUCGUGACUACCAUCAUCCUGAUCAGAAACAUCAUUGGCUUCGGCGUAUCCUUCGGCAUUCAGUCAUGGAUCCAGGGCAUGGGGCUUCAGAACACUUUCGUGUUCAUCGGCUGCUUGAGUUUUGCUGUUACCAUGUUCGCACUCUUCUUCAUUAUGUUUGGAAAGAAGAUUCGAAAGUGGACCACGACACGAUACCAGCAUCUGAUCAAGACGAAGGCGAUGUAA